AUGCAGAGAGCCGUGGAUAUCCUCGCAGAUAAGCAGAAAUCCACGGAACACGUCCGAAACAUAUGCGUUUUAGCGCACGUGGAUCACGGCAAGACCACGCUGACGGAUUGUCUGAUUUCGCACAAUGGCUUCAUCAACCAGAAACAAGCGGGAAGUUUACGAAUGAUGGACUUUCUCGAAGAAGAACAAAGACGAGGAAUCACCAUGAAAUCCGCUUCGAUUGCGUUACAAUACACCUCGCAAUCAACAUCAUCAUCUUCUCCUUCGCAAUCUACUUUAAUAAACGUCAUUGAUUCUCCCGGUCACGUAGACUUUUGUUCCGAAGUGAGCACGGCGGCGAGACUUUCGGACGGUGCGCUCGUUCUCGUGGACGUGUGCGAAGGGGUCUGCGUCCAAACUCACGCGGUUUUACGACAAGCGUGGGAAGAAAAGUUGAAACCGUGCUUAAUUUUCAACAAGAUGGAUCGGCUCAUCGAGGAGUUGAAGUAUUCCCCGUUCGAGACGUACGAAAGAUUGCGAAUGCUUUUGCACGAGGUGAAUUCUCUCAUGAGCGCGUUCGAGUCCGAAAAGUUUAUCAAUCAAGCGGAUACGUUUCUCAGUGCGGAAGAUAAAAGGAAUAAUAACAUCAACAGUGAUAAUAACGAAGAUGUGGAAGAUUUAGCGGAAUAUUUAGAUGAUCAUCUGGACAUGACGGAUGCCGAAGACGUAUUCUCCGUGGAACGAGGUAACGUGGCGUUUGCCUCAGCCAUGGACGGUUGGGCAUUUCGACCGGAGCAGUUUGCGAGAUUAUACGCGGAAAAGUUGGGAUGUUCGGAGAAAGCUUUGAAAAAAGGGUUGUGGGGCGAUUGGUUCUAUCAUCCAAAAUCGAAACGAAUAGUCGGGAAGAAACUCAACCCGAACGGAAAAUUGAAACCGUUGUUCGUGCAGUGCAUUCUCGACCCGAUUUGGAAACUGUACGACGCCGCGGACGAGUAUUACUCAGGCGAUAAAGAUUUACCAACGCUCGCGAAAUCGCUCAAAUUGACAAGCAUAUCUGAAAAAGAGUUGACGCAAUCCAAUAAACGAAUGACAUUAUUAGCAAUCAUGCGAAGCUGGCUGCCUUUGAGUUCCGCGAUACUCGAAAUGGUCGUCCACUCGCUCCCUAACCCGGUUGAAGCAAUGCCGUUUCGAAUAGAACGGCUCCUCUACCCGUCAGAUAGUAAAAUAGCCGCAUACGACGAUAUUUUGAAGUGUAACAAGAGCAGUGAUGCGACCACAGUUGUAUUCAUUUCGAAAAUGGUAGCUGUUCCUUUGAGCUCGAUUCACGGAGGUGUACGAGAAGGUUCCGAGACGCACGGCGACAGCAAGUUUGUCGGUUUCGGACGCGUUUUCGCUGGUAUCAUGAAAAAAGGUGAUAAAAUAUUCGUCUUGGGUGGUGACGAACCUACGGAGAUUAUAAUUUCAGAGUUAUAUUUGAUGAUGGGUCAAGGGAUGUUCCCUGUAGAUGAAGUGCCGAGUGGAAAUCUCCUCGCCAUUGGAGGUUUAGACAAAGUGGUCUUGAAAUCCUCGACUCUUUCUUCAUCUUUAGAGUGUCCAUUAUUCGGGUCCAUGAUGUUUCAGGCGAGCGCUAUUGUUAAGGUUGCCGUAGAACCAGAAAAUGUGCAAGACAUGCCGUUGCUUUUAGAAGGUUUGCGUUUGUUAAACCGAGCAGAUGCGUUCGUCGAGAUGGAAGUUAUGGAUUCUGGAGAGCACGUUUUGAGCGCAGCCGGUGAAGUGCACUUGGAACGGUGCAUCAAUGAUUUGAGAGAAAGGUUUGCCAGAGUCCCUAUUCGAGUGUCUAAACCUUUGGUAAACUUCAAAGAAGGCAUUACGACCGCUGGUUUUGCGGACUAUAAAAUAGGUAGUAAAAAAGUGUUGCGAGCGUCGGUGGAGAGACUUCUUGUUGUUGGCGACAAAGAAAAAGAGGAAGAGAAAGUAGACGAAAAAGAAGCGACGACAGCCGAGGACGAGAAGAAAAAGAAAAAGAACAACAACGCUUUGAAUAUAGAACUUAGUAGUAUUAGUAGUAGUAUUAGUGGUAAUAGUGGUGACACUUUCUUGGACGACUUUGAAGAAUCCAUUCGGCUGGGAUUCCAACUCGCAUGCGAAAGAGGACCGAUAUGCGACGAGCCUCUCGAUAACCUUAAAGUGACUGUUGAGUUCUUAGAUGCGCCUAUUGAGGAUAACGACGAAGUAAAUAAUAACGACGAUGAUGAGCAGCUGAAUUCUGGACAAGUGAUUACGUUUACCCGCGACGUGAUUCGACAAGCCGUGAUGAAAUCAAACCCAAGGUUGAUCGAGGCUAUGUAUUUAGCGGUCAUAACAACCACCUCGGAAGCAUUGAAUGGAACCUACGCCGUUUUAGGAAGACGACGAUCUGAUAUACUUUCAGAAUCCAUACGCGAAGGCACUGGUGUAUUCAUUAUUCACGCGUACUUACCUGUGGCAACUUCGUUUGGUUUCGCCGACGAGCUUCGGAAACUCACUUCGGGUGCUUCCAGCGCUCAGCUCGUGUUUUCGCACUGGAAAGAGUUGGAUAUCGAUCCGUACCAAAAGCUCGGCGAGGAUGGAGAAGAGUUAACAGAUAACGUCGCCAGAGAUUUGAUGGAUAUGGUUCGUAAGCGUAAAGGUUUGAAAGUGGACGAGAAAGUUGUUAAAGUUGCCACGAAGCAAAGAACGCUGAGUCGAAAGACUUGA